AACAAAAACAACAUACUGAUUAACAGGUGAUGAUUUGCGGUUACACAUGGCGGCCGAACUGCUUACAAUUCACUGGUGGUUAUCGUUCUCCUGGGGCACCGUAUUGCAAAACAUAGAACGAUCAGGUAUAUCGGUCAGCUAAAGCGCACGCGCAGGUUCGCAUGGUGAUGAAGAUGUCUGGAUUGCUGUCUGGAUACGAGGCUGAUACUACAAUGUUAUAGAUUUUUAAAAACAACAGGAACUAAAAUUUUGAUAAAAAGAAGGUGAAUCUAUCAGUUCUGUUACCGAAAAACCAAUCUACCUGCGACAACGUACGCGGUUUUGGGUUUUAGAGUAGAUUGGAAGUAUGAGGUAAGGUCAAAAGCCGGUUUUCAGCUGCAUUGUAUAGCAAAUAAGGAAAACCCCGCGCGUCACCGGAAGACAUCUGAACAAGGAAAUUAAUACAGGAUGUUUUAAAACAAGGGACAUAAACCAAGUGUUUCUGUUCGACGUUUUGACAUUCACUGGCCUGAUGUCCAGAAGACUUACUCUGAAAUGGAAGUUUCUUAUUCAAUUUUAUUUGCAAUAUCGCUGACAAUAAAUGUGUGUAUUCUUUUGAGUAUCUUAUUGCCCACGUUCUUACGUCUACUGAUGCGGCGCGUUUUGAACGCUCGAUUAUUAAAUCAUUAUGAAGAAUCACUGAAGGAAAACCCUGCGUUCCACAAGAGACUGUAUCUGGAUAUAAUAUUCAAUGGAUUCUCAUUAUUGACUGGAAUGAUCAUACUAUGUUUGAGUGACGUGUUAGAGCAACCAUUUUUGACUUCAAGCCCAAGUUUGAUGAUUGUUUUUUCAGUUGCUGUUGGUUGGCAGAUAUUUAAAAUACUUCAGAAUAUUUGUGAUCCCGACAAGACAUCGAAACAUUCAAAGAUAACGAAUGUGUUGCGUUUCGUAGCCAUUUUUGUGUACUCCUCAAUUUUGGUAUAUAGACAAAAUGCGUUAUUAGCAACUAUGGGACUAAUUGUUGAAGCACACGCUCUAUUCUUAAAAAUUAAUAAACUGUGGAGAGUUCUGAAAGUACGGGAACAAAGUACAUUGUAUUUUACCUCUACCCUGGUCACCAGUCUCGCUGCCGUGCUAUUACGUGCUGUUUUCCCAUUGGUCACAUUAAUAGUCACCUCACGAUUUCAUUUAAAUGAAAUUCUAUUUAUGGACUAUCUUCCACUCGCAGUAUUUUUCCUAUCGCUCGUGUUUUAUACAGCAGCAAACAUCUGGUUCAUUAAAGUAUCAUUUGAAGUUUCACACAGGUCGUACCUCAGCAAACGUAGGGUAACUAGGAACAGAUUGUUAUACACUGUAAACCCUACAAUUCCAAAUUACAUUCAUAAUGAUCUAUGGACGGGGAAAGGAAGAGCUUGUUUGGUGAACAUUAAUACGAAUCCGCAAAUAGAAUCUCAAGAUAUUUAGUAUAUAAUGAAAAAUCCCCUGCAUG